GCAUAGUGGUCUAUGAUGGAACUUGCACACAAUACAAGAAAAUUAUCUGAUGAAGAAAAAUAUAAAUAUAAAGUUUAAUGUCUUAUGAUGUAAUUUUAUUUGUAAAUAAUUUUUAUUAAUAACAAAAAUUACAUAAUCAUGAUUUCGCUAGUCAAAACUUUGGUUGUGUUAACAAAAAUGACCAGCCCCGCCUGCAAAUUGUAUAAAAGACCAUUUACAGUAUGUAUAGAGGGUAAUAUAGGAAGUGGUAAAACAACAUUCUUAAGUCAUUUUAAACAAUUUGAUAAUACAACUGUUUUACAAGAACCAGUAGAACUUUGGCGUAAUGUUGCUGGAACGAAUUUAUUGGAAUUAAUGUACACGGAUCCUAAACGCUAUAGCUUUUUGUUUCAAUCAUAUGUACAAUUAACAAUGCUGCAACUUCAUACGUACAAAUCUGCAAUGCCUUAUAAGAUUAUGGAAAGAUCAGUAUUUAGCGCAAGAUGUUUCAUAGAAAACAUGAAACGCACAAAACUAUUGGAGGAUGUAGAAGUAGUGGUUCUAGAAGAUUGGUAUGAUUGGUGCAUACAGAAUGCCAAUAUAGUAACAGAUUUAAUAGUUUAUUUGAGAACAUCACCAGAUGUUGUAUAUAAUAGAAUGAAAACAAGAGCAAGAAAAGAAGAAAAUUCUGUAUCAUUAGAAUAUUUAUACCAACUUCAUAAUAUUCAUGAUGAGUGGCUUUAUGAUCAAACAUUAUUUAAUUUACCAGCACCAGUUUUAGUAAUAGAUGGAAACAAAAGUUUAGAAGAAAUGGUCAUACAAUUUGAAAACUGUAAAAAUUUAAUUUUCAAUAGAAAAAAAGAAAAGAAUUGGAACGGAAAAAAAAUUUUGUAAAUA